UGGAGUCGCUGCUCUGCUGCUGCUACUGUGACCUGCUGCAGUUUAGUCAACGGGAUAUUAUAGCUGGAUAAAAAUCCCAUCGAGAUUUAUUAUGAUGCCGUUCCGAUAUAUGUGUCCUCACGGUGGCCGUGCAUAGAGUGACCCGGCAGAGGUCGUCAUGGAGUAGCUGUAGUUGAGGGGCUUUGUUUAGGCAGUGCGACUGGGAGCAAAGAACUGGGACAGGGGGACUUUGGUGCUACUAACGUUAGCUAGCUGAGCAACUUAGCUAGACGUUUUUACUGCUGCGACAGAUUCAUUUAAUAGUUUGAGAUCCGUAAGGGAUUCUCAAAGCAGCAUGGCUCCCAAAGACAUCAUGACCAAUUCCCAUGCCAAAUCCAUCCUCAAUGCAAUGAACUCACUUCGCAAGAGCAACACACUCUGCGACAUCACUCUGAGGGUGGAGAACACUGAUUUUCCAGCUCACCGAAUUGUCUUGGCUGCCUGCAGUGACUAUUUUUGUGCCAUGUUCACUAGCGAGCUUGCAGAAAAGGGGAAAUCUUUUGUCGACAUUCAGGGGCUCACGGCAUCCACUAUGGAGAUCUUGUUGGACUUUGUCUACACAGAGACUGUGCUCGUCACGGUGGAGAACGUACAAGAGCUGCUCCCUGCAGCGUGUUUGCUACAGCUCAAAGGGGUGAAAAGAGCGUGUUGUGAUUUUUUGGAGAGCCAACUCGAUCCGUCCAACUGUCUGGGCAUUCGAGACUUUGCAGAGACUCACAACUGCCUUGACCUGAUGCAGGCCGCUGAGCUCUUCUCCCAGAAGCAUUUCUCCGAGGUGGUUCAGCAUGAGGAGUUCAUGCUGCUGAGCCAGACAGAAGUGGAAAAGCUAAUAAAAUGUGACGAAAUUCAGGUGGACUCGGAGGAGCCUGUAUUCGAGGCCGUAUUAAAUUGGGUCAAACACAACCGCAAAGAGCGGGAACCCUACCUGCCAGACAUGCUCGAGUUUGUUCGGAUGCCGCUGCUGACCCCACGCUACAUUACAGAUGUCAUUGAUACUGAGCCUCUCAUUCGGUGUAGCCUGCCAUGUCGAGACCUUGUUGACGAAGCCAAGAAAUUCCACUUAAGACCGGAGCUGAGGAGUGAGAUGCAAGGCCCACGCACACAAGCCAGAUUAGGUGCCAAAGAAGUCCUGCUGGUUAUCGGUGGGUUUGGCAGCCAGCAGUCACCAAUAGACAUAGUUGAAAAAUAUGAUCCCAAAACUCAAGAGUGGAGCUUUCUACCUAAUAUUGCACGGAAAAGGCGUUACGUGGCCACAGUUUCUUUGCACGAUCGAGUCUAUGUGAUCGGGGGCUAUGACGGCCGGUCGCGGCUCAGCUCCGUGGAGUGCCUGGACUACACAGCGGAUGAGGACGGUGUUUGGUACACCGUCGCCACCAUGAAUGUUCGGCGAGGCCUUGCUGGAGCUACAACACUUGGAGAUAUGAUCUAUGUUGCUGGUGGCUUCGAUGGCAGUCGGCGUCAUACCAGCAUGGAGCGAUAUGAUCCAAACAUCGACCAGUGGAGCAUGCUGGGUGAUAUGCAGACGGCUAGAGAAGGAGCUGGUUUGGUGGUGGCCAGCGGGCUUAUAUACUGUCUAGGUGGCUAUGAUGGGCUAAACAUCCUGAAUUCGGUGGAGCGGUAUGACCCACACACAGGCCACUGGACUAGUGUCACACCCAUGGCCACCAAACGGUCAGGGGCCGGUGUGGCUUUGCUCAAUGACCACAUUUAUGUAGUGGGAGGGUUUGAUGGCGUUUCACACCUCGACUCUGUCGAAGUCUACAACAUCAGAACAGACUACUGGACCACUGUAGCCAGUAUGACGACUCCUCGGUGUUACGUAGGAGCCACCGUUCUCCGAGGGCGACUCUACGCCAUCGCCGGUACCACUACGAAGACAGCUAUAGACACAACGUGUUUCAGGGUUGAAGAUAUGACGGGAACUCUCUCCUCAGCAGUAUCGAAUGUUACGACCCAGUUAUCGACUCUUGGGAAGUUGUUACCUCGAUGGCAACCCAGCGGUGUGACGCGGGCGUCUGUGUUCUACGAGAAAAGUGACGUUUGCCAAGAACCACAAGAGGAAAAGCAAGCGGGAGGGCAGGCAGCUAAACUGUGCUUAAAUGCCUCUAAAACACAGCCGCGAAGGGAGAUGUCUGUUCACCAGUAUGCAAAUAGAUACCCUCAAAAGAUUAUGAAGCGCAGCAGUUUGGGCUGCCUCCUCCAAAGGACGGUUAACUCUCCGCAACUCGGACCGUGCUACAGAGAUUCAGCUUCACCGUGGUAGACUUCACCUCAAAAGAGGCCUCCAAGGAGCCCAUCAGGACAUGCAUGACUCUCUUCUGUGGUACUUGUGUCUGUCGUUACCUGUGAGAUUAUUUUUUCAGUUUGUCUUCAAAGUGCAAUAUAUUUCUACUCAUGAUAAGAAAACAAAAUACAAUGGAGCAGAUUCAGGCUCCAGUUGCUGCUAUAUGCCUUAUGACAUUGGCCUACAUCAAGCGGUGAGCAUCCAUGUUGCCUCCCAUUUGACUUUGAUGAUCGUUGCCCUACAUUAGCUUGUUAUCAGGUGAACUCAUUUGGCAUUUGCAACGUUGUUAAUGAGUCAGUAAUUCAACCCCUACCUGUAAACAGUGCUUUUUAAUUAAAAUCACUUUAAUAUGUUUCAUACAUACUCUCUCUCUCUCUCUCUCCCUCUCUCUCUCUCAGAAGAUAUAUUUAGAGAUGUUUUUGUUUUAGAAAAUGACUGAUUUGUAUCCAUUGGUUCUUGAUUCAUUUGUUCCUCGAUUUGGCAACUUUGAAAAUUCAAGUAUGAGGUGCUUGUGAUUUAUUUUUCUUUCCUCAGAGUAUAGAUUUGGAUGUAAAUGUAUGAUACACUCCUAACAUCACUGUUGCCUGGGAAGUAAAUAAACACAAUGAGAACCAG